CGAGGAGUCGACUGGCGGAGGAGGCGGGGAGUUCCAAGAAACCGCCACCACCCUCGCGCGAGAAAUACUCAGGUCGCCUUCUCCCUCGAUUCCAUCUCCAGGCCCUCUUCUCCGAUCCGAUCCGAUCGAUCGCGGAGCGUUGGGUUUCCUGGUUGCACAGGUUUCUUGGGGGCUUUCUUCGUAGCAUCUGGGAGCUGUGCGAGUGAUGGAGGUUUAUUUAGGAUUCUAGGGGACACCACCAUGGCAUACUUCCCGGAGGAAGUAGUGGAGCAGAUCCUUGGCAAUGUAACCUCGCACCGGGACCGCAACGCCGCGUCGCUGGUGUGCCGGGCAUGGUACCACAUUGAGCGCCGUAGCCGCCGCUCGGUGCUUAUAAGCAACUGCUAUGCAGUGCACCCAGAGCGUGUACAUGUGCGGUUCCCCAGCAUGCGCUCGCUGAGCGUGAAAGGCAAACCGCACUUUGCUGACUUCGACCUUGUCCCUGCGGGGUGGGGCGCCAUGGCUGAUCCAUGGGUGGACUCAUGUGCCCGUGCGUGCCCUGGCCUUGAGGAGCUCCGGCUGAAGCGGAUGGUUGUGACUGAUGAGUGCCUCAAGCUGAUUGCUGGCUCUUUUACCAACUUUAAAUCACUUGUCCUUGUCAGCUGCGAGGGGUUUAGCACUGCCGGGCUUGCUACUAUCGCCGCCAAUUGCAGGUUUCUUAAGGAACUGGACUUACAAGAGAGUGUUGUGAAACAUCGAGGCCAUCAUUGGCUUAAUUGUUUUCCCAAGACUUCUACAUCACUAGAAUCCUUGAAUUUUGCUUGCUUGGCUGGGGAGGUGAAUGCUUAUGCAUUGGAGAGACUUGUUGCAAGGAGUCCGAAUCUUAAAAGGUUAAGGUUGAAUCGUGCUGUUCCAUUUGAUGUUUUGUCCAGAAUACUUGGUAGCACACCUAAGCUGGAGGAUUUAGGAACAGGAUCUUUUGCAAGAGGCAAUCACCCUGCUGGAUAUGGCAGUCUAUUUGCUGCUUUCGCAAAAUGCAGUUCACUAAAGAGUUUAUCCGGUUUUUGGGACGCUACGGGCUUAUUUCUUCAAAGAAUUUUUUCUGUUUGCAAGGACCUUACAUGCUUGAAUCUCAGUUAUGCUCCAUCGAUUCAAAGUACCAAUCUUAUCAGUAUUAUUCGUCGGUGUACGAAACUCCAUGUCUUAUGGCUGUUGGACAACAUUGGUGAUGAAGGAUUGAAGGUUGUGGCCAUGUCUUGUCCUGAUCUCCAAGAGUUGAGGGUAUUUCCUGAUAAUUCAAACGCAACUACUGUGACAGAGGAAGGGUUGGUUGCCAUAUCUUCAGGCUGUCGGAAGUUACAAUCUGUGCUAUACUUUUGCAAUCGAAUGACCAAUGCUGCACUGAUUACUAUAGCAAAGAACUGCCCACAAUUGACGUCCUUCAGGCUAUGCAUUCUCGAGCUCAGUUCAGCAGACGCUGUGACAGGACUGCCAUUGGAUGAAGGCUUUGGUGCAAUAGUCCAGUCCUGCAAAGGCCUUAGGCGUCUCUCCAUGUCCGGCCUCCUCACGGACUGCGUGUUCCUGUACAUCGGAAUGUACGCUGAGAAGCUGGAGAUGCUGUCAGUGGCGUUCGCGGGGGGCACUGACGAUGGUAUGGUCUACGUGCUUAAUGGCUGCAAGAACCUCAAGAAGCUGGAGAUCAGGGACAGUCCCUUCGGUGACACCGCCCUCCUUGCGGGCGUGGACAGGUAUGAGGCGAUGCGCUCGCUGUGGAUGUCCUCCUGCAACAUCACCCUAGGGGCCUGCAAGACCCUUGCAGCGAGCAUGCCUAGUGUCAAUGUGGAGGUCAUUAAUGAGGCAGGAGCGAGUAUCAACGAGGUGGAUGAGGAUGCCAGCAAUGCGAAGAAGGUGGAGAAGCUGUACCUCUACCGGACGAUUGCCGGACCCAGGGGUGACACACCUGGAUUCGUCUCGAUAUUGUAAGUGCUAUCUGCUGUGGUGGCUAAAGAUGGUUCCUCUCUGAAGCUGGCUUCCGGAUGAACUCAUCAGUUUUCUGAACCGUUGCUUGCUGUAGUUAUGCUACCCUGUUUUGCUAGCGUUGGAAACUUAUGCACUCUCUGUUGCGUUAGGUGAAACCUUGGUGCUAUCUGGACCAUUUGUGAGACCAACUAAUAUUAUGUUUGUGGAAGCUUCUCAUGCUGGUUGGCGCUCUUCCAGUAUCUGGGUAGUUUGUGAUGUUGAACUGUUGGUUGCCUCGAGUUGUUUUUUUUUUUAACUUUGGGAAAGGAGUUGAAAGAUUUUUGCUGAUGAA